AUGCACGCCACACUUAGACUUUUCCGACCUAUGGUUCGAUUGACAUUGUUCACUCGUUCGAAUUGCGGAUUAUGUGAUACGGCCAAGGCAAAUGUCGGCGAAUAUCUCAAACUCCAACAACAGCAACAAAAGCAGCAGCAGCAGCAGCAGCAGCAGCAUAAAGGGACAGAAUACUCCGAAGUCGACAUCAUGACCCCAGAGAAUCAGAAUUGGCGACAGAUCUACGAUUUCGAUGUUCCGGUCCUACAUAUCGAUCGAGAUCUGAAGCCAAAUGAGAUAACUACCAUUUACUCGGCGAAGAAGAAGUUAUUUCAUCGGUUCACGGCGGAGGAAGUACGUGAUGCGGUGGAUGUGGUGGGAAUGGAUGAGGGAGAGGAGGUGGUGGAGGGGAAGUCGUGAAGAUGGAUGGACGACACCCAAGAAUGAAUGGAUUCUAUGUUGAAGGUUGUACCCGACUAAAAAAAAGAGGAACCUUCUAUCUACUACACCUUCGACUGUCCCGAGAUGAUAUUUGCUGCACCGUAUGCUGCACCCUUGACAGCCUGUGCAGCAGCAUGGCCGAAAGUGCCUUUUGCCUUGGACAGUGACUCGGCCAUGAAGACAGGUACGGCAGUCAUGUCAUUGACGACGGAGAUCUGAAAAUUGGGGGUUUGGGUUAGAACAAGAUGACAUGACGACCAACGUGGCAGGCGACACAGCUAGAGCAUCAACUCACCAUUUGGAAACCCUCAUCGGCAUAUCUCCUGGCAAAGUCGCCAUUAGGGCAAUAAAUGCCCGACUUCUUACCCGCAGCAGCGGCAGCCUUUCGCACUCGACUAAUUGCUUCUUUCAAUUCUGGAUCGAAAUCGCCUCUGACGGGAUGACCGAUAUUGUUACCAAGAUCCCAGGGUCCGACAAAUAGGACAUCGAUGCCGUCGACUCUUGCGAUUUCUUCGACCUAGACAACAAAAAAACAAGAAACGAUUUCAUCAGCCAAAGCCCUUUGUGCAGUGCAUUGUAGCUGGCGAAGCCAUGACACGCCACAUCCACAGACACUGAUCAGAUACUUAGGCACUCACCACGUUCAAAGCCUCCUUGGUCUCAAUCUGGACAAUCGUGAGGAGAUGUUCAUUAGCAUUAUUCAUAUACUCCAGACCGGACAAAUUUCCCUUGACGUCGAAAGCCCCCAUUGAAAACGGACUACCAAACCCUCUUUUUCCCACAGGAGGGAAUUUCGCAGAUUGAACCAGUUUCUUGGCGUCUUCGACCGAGUAAAGCAAGGGAACGAUGAUUCCAUGAGCGCCGGCGUCCAGGGCGCGUUUGACCAUCCAGCCUUCAUUGGCGGCGAUGCGAACGAUAGGUGAAACUCCAACGGAGGAUACGGCGUGCACGGAUUCAUGCAUUUCGGCAUCUAUUUGCGAGGAGGGGAGAUGGGUGAGUGAAGGGAUUUGAUUUUGGAUGGGUUUUAGGGGAGACAAGAUAAAUGGAUGGAUAGAUAGAUAGAUAUCAAAAACACUUACCUG